GCGGUCCCAGCUGACUCGGCCGCUCUGGGCGUGCGUGGUUCUCUUUGCUGUAGUCUCCGCUUGUCCUGGAGCUCUUGCACUCCGACCCGCGCUCACCAUGCUGGCGCUGCGCAGCAGUCCCCGCUUGCUCCGUCUGCUCUCCGGCCCGCGCUCCGCGCCGCUGCGCCUCUCCGCAACCCGCGCCUGCAGCAGCGGCGGCGACUCCGGUGACCCGUCCUCUUCCGCCAGGAACCCGCUUGUGUACCUGGACGUGGGCGCGGACGGGCAGCCGCUGGGCCGCGUGGUUCUGGAGCUGAAGGCAGAUGUCGUCCCAAAGACAGCAGAGAACUUCAGAGCCCUGUGCACCGGGGAGAAGGGCUUCGGCUACAAAGGCUCCACGUUUCACAGAGUCAUUCCAUCCUUCAUGUGCCAGGCCGGCGACUUCACCAACCACAACGGCACAGGAGGGAAGUCCAUCUACGGAAGCCGUUUUCCUGACGAGAACUUCAAACUCAAGCACGUGGGGCCCGGUGUCCUGUCCAUGGCAAAUGCAGGCCCCAACACCAACGGCUCCCAGUUCUUCAUUUGCACCAUAAAGACAGACUGGCUGGAUGGCAAACACGUUGUGUUUGGCCAUGUCAAAGAGGGCAUGGAUGUUGUGAAGAAAAUAGAAUCUUUCGGCUCCAAGAGUGGGAAGACAUCCAAGAAAAUUGUCAUCACAGACUGUGGCCAGUUGAGCUAACCUGCAGUGGCCAGGGCGCUAGGCUGGUGGCAGCUGCAGCACAGGAGUGGACUCACCCAGGUGGCUGCCUCAGACUCCCAGCCAGGGGCCCUUGGAGUUGCCUGGGCUUGCUCCACCGUCUCUGUGCUCCAGGAAGGCCUCAGAUGAAUAUCAAACCUCACAGGACACUUCAGGCUGCUUCCCCAGUGCUUGGCCUUCCUCAGCACCCCGUCCCUGGACACCCGUCAUGGCUACUGUCACCGCUCCUUGUCUGAUUGCCUGACCCAAGUUCACCUGUGCCUUGGACAUCAGGAGUGAUGAUGGAAUAGCUCUGAGGGUAGUUUCUACCUUUUCUUUGACCAAGGGGGGAAGCCGGUUCCUGUAAAGGGCUGUUGUAUCUGUUUAAUGUCAUCUCCCUAAUUGGAAUAAUUUAACUAAUAAGACUGCCUGGAGUUGAAGCUGAGACACCAACUACACCAGGCUGUGGUGUGACCUGAGUUUGUGGCACAGGCUACAGACCCAGAGCUUAGCCUUUGGAGCACGAUCCAGGCUUUUGUGAAGGUCCUGGGGCUGAUAACUUUUAUCCUAGCCACUGUGAAUCCCACUGGUCUGCUGCUCUUGGAUUUGGGGAGAACCCCUGGGGGUAGAAGCAGCUGAACCUGGGAACAGACCCACUGCAAGCUGUGCCUAGUCAAUGUGAAUUCCCGAGUUGAAAACAAAUGGUCUCAAAGUGCCGUGUGCUCUGGAAGGAAGUCAUUGCGUAUUUCCUGGUGGGCUUUGAUUUUUUUUUUUUUCUGUGUGUUUAAUAUUAAAUCUACUGAUUAUGAACACAGUACACUUCUGGAACACCUUAAAUGUGAAAAUAAAUCCUAUUUUCUAUAAAA